AUGAAGCUCACAUGCGACCCAGCCCGGGCCAAAACCCUCAUUUCAGCUUUCCAAUCCGUAUCUGAACGUGUCACCAACGCCGCAGGAAGCAGAAACGUAAGACUAGUAGCAGUAUCUAAACUCAAGCCAGCAACGGAUAUCCUCGCUCUUCAUGAGCAGGCAAAUGUCGAACAUUUUGGAGAGAACUAUGCACAGGAGUUGAUGGAAAAGGCGGAGAUUCUGCCGAGGAGUAUUAAGUGGCAUUUUAUUGGGGGAUUACAGAGCAAUAAAUGCAAACCUCUCGCCUCCACAGUCUUCAACCUCCACCUCGUUUCCUCCAUCGAUUCUCAAAAGAAGGCCUCCCAAUUAUCCCUCGGUCGCUCUCUUCUCCCUAUGCCCGCCGACUCGAACUCAAAGCCCUCCCCCUUAAACAUCCAUAUUCAACUCAAUACUUCUGGUGAAUCCUCGAAAUCUGGUGUUUCACCUGGGAAAGACACUACCGAAUUAUGCAAAUACGUCAUUGAAGAAUGUCCGUAUUUGAAAUUAGUGGGACUAAUGACUAUUGGCGCGAUAGCUAGAAGUCAUAUGAAAGAAGGGGAGGAAAAUGAGGAUUUCAAAGUGUUGAGGGAGGAGAGAGAUAGAGUUGAGAAGGAGUUAGGGAUAGAGGGGUUGGAAUUAAGCAUGGGUAUGAGUGAGGAUUUUGAAGAGGCGAUUCGACAAGGAAGCGGAGAAGUCAGAAUCGGCAGUACGAUAUUUGGAGAAAGACCAGCGAAACAAGAUUUCAAGGUCAAAGAGGGUGUUGAAGAAGAGAAACCUUAGUGGUAUAUUUUUUGUUCGAGAAAAUGGUUCAUUCUUACUCUCCUAUAUCUUAUGAGUACAGAAAGACUCUUUGCGUUGUGCCUGUAUUGCAAACACCAGCCUUAUAAUCGGUGGGGACCAUGCGAGGAUUGCGGUUUGUAGUUUGUCUGUCAAACUUAGACCUUGACUCAACAAUUAUACAAUUGAACAUAAAUGCCAGCUACUACUUGCUUGAUGUCAGUUGUAAAGCCACCUUAAGAUAGAUACUAAUGAUUGACAUGAAUCCGUCAACAAUUUUCAACCUUAGUGAUCCGUACAGAA